UAUAUGUUACUGUGUGUCUCAGCAUCGGCGUGGCCAUGUUCAGCAGCUUCCUGCUGGGUCUGGGUGACAGCUGCUUCAACACUCAGCUUCUGAGCAUCAUCGGCUUCACGUUCCGUGAUAACAGCGCUCCGGCCUUCGCUGUGUUCAAGUUCAUUCAGUCCAUCAUGGCCGCUCUGGCCUUCUUCUACAGUAACUACCUGCUGCUCCACUGGCAGCUGCUCAUCCUGGUCCUCACGGGCUUCAUGGGCUCCGUCACCUUCUUCAUGGCCGAGUGGACGGCCGAGUCCAGCAGGAGGGAGUCGGACUACGACAGCAUCGGAGGAGGAGGAGGAGGAGGAGGAUCCCUCUCCACAGCUGGAUGAUGAUCUCUGACUCUGUGGUAUGUUUGUUUUUCACAUCUGUAGGAAUCAAACAUCUGUAACUAAAUAUAAACGAUUGGAGGAAGAACAGAUGAACCUCCUUCUACUUCAUUCUUAUCUUCUUAUCGUCUGAAAUCAAUCUAAAACGAAUUAUGAGAAUAUACUUACUGACUUUACUGAGGUGGGAUGGAUAAAGAUGAAAUAAAAAAGCACUUUUGAUGAAACGACCCGUCACACUGACAUAAAGAGAUCUGAUCCCACAGCUGGAUCCCACAGCUGGAUCCCACAGCUGGAUCCCACAGCUGGAUCCCACAGCUGGAUCCCACAGCUGGAUCCCACAGCUGGAUCCAGUGGGAAGAAACCCAAACUGUUUUUUUAUUUGUGAGCAGCUGCUGAAUUCAAGGACAGGUCUGGAGAUAUUCUAUUUUAUUUCCCAUGAAAAGACCAAAGCCAACAUCUCAGUGACAUGUUCCUUAAUACUCACUACAACACCCAAUGUGGAUUCAUCCGCUGCUGAAAAUAGUCCCUGACUAAGUCCUCCUGUUUAUUUGAUUUAACAGCUGUUUUUAGGGGAUUACUGAUGAAACUACAUGUUUGUGUUUUUUAAAGACGCAGACAGUAAUGAGAGACACUCUGCUGAUUUUAGUCUUUUCAUGGAGUUUGAUGACAAUAAAAAGUAGAACAAUUCCAGAUUUAUCCUUUAAAAGUUCUCCUGUGAAGCUCACAAUGCACACAAACCUCCCCGUGAUUAGGAUUUAAGGAACAUGUUAUAAUGUUGUGAAUUACUCACGUUGCCCUUCAGUCACGAGCUGAUCACAACCUCACACUUCACUUUUACCACCGACAGCCGGACCUUCAUCUCCAGACGGCCGUAAAAAGGGAAACGCGAUCAAGAAUGUGUGUUUAUUGGUGACUCGUCUGUUUCUUCUCUCCUUGUUUCCCUCGUGACACACUGAAGGCUGUUUCAUUGGUUUAGUUGUAAUGAGAUCCAGAGGACUCGGCAUUCCAGAACGUUCUCCAUAAUUACAUGUGGGUGACUGUUUUUAUCUCAAAUGAACUGAGUCAGAAGAGAGAUAAAACAGCUCGACUAUAAUAUAAACUUCAUAAUAUGUUGGUCUGAGAAGUGCUCCAGACAUUCAGGUUAUAAUCACUGUGGUGGUGAUGUCAUAACGUUCUCUCUGGUGAUGUAAUGUGAAAGAAUGAUCAACACGGAAGCAGCAAACGGGUCAAACACACUGGUUCCUACAAUUCCCAGAGUGCAAUGUGUUAUGUCAAACAUCACACACAACACCGUCGAUUAAUCUGCAGAUCAUUUGUUCAUGAAACGGUCUCAUUUGAGAGGCUGGAAUCAGGAUGAUGGAAUAGUUUCACUAUUUCUGCUUGACGAAUGACUCGUAAACAGGAAACACUAACAGGCUUUGACCUCGUAGUGUUGUGUGCUUCAUGAAUGUAAACAACAGAUCUGGACUCUUCUCUUUGUCACCAUGUGAUUCCUUCACGAGGACGUUGACAGCCUGCUGGACUCGUCUCUUUCUACUGUAAACUGAUCUGAUGCCAAACCAACACAGUGCUAAACACGACCUCAGCUUCAUGUGUGGUCUGUGGAUGCUUCCUUUCUUCUGUUUAUUGUGUGUCACUUAUGAAUUCCAGCACAUUGUUCUAGUUCAUGUAUUGUAAAUGGAGCGGUUGGGUUCAGGGUUAGCUUCACGAUGUAAACGCUGGAUUUAAGGGAAAUGUUUGUGUGCUAUGAAGAUGAUUUUAUACUUGAAUGUGGUCAUUAAGAAUGUCACCCCAACUUUGGCUUGCUUGUUUUUAUUAUCAAUAAAAUAUUAUUUUGAA